CUACUGUGCAGUAAAACAUAAUUGUGUGUAGUAGCUGCUCAACGUCAAGUUCUUUUGAAAGAAAGCAGCUUCUUUGUCAAGUGCCUUUUAUCCAGACACAGCCCUCGGAGUACUACUGCACCGUUUGUCCUGGAAGCGAGUCCAUCUUCACAUUCCCCUCCGCUCUCGAGACGCCAUGGAGGCGCUGUGCGGUUCCGAGGGGUCGGGCUCCAAGUUUUGGGAUCCCAACAUCACAAUACAUACAAAUAAUCCUGACCUGCCAACUUGUUUUCAGAACUCUGUAUUGGCAUGGAUCCCAUGUUGCUAUCUCUGGGUUAGCCUUCCCUUUUACCUUCUCUACCUCAAACGCAACAAGAAAGGCUAUAUACUAGUUUCCAAGUUAAAUCGUGCCAAAACGGUUUUUGGUGUCCUGCUCUGGGUUGUCUGCUGGGCAGACCUCUUCCAUUCUUUCCAUGAAUUCAUCAAUAACAAAAUCCUGCCUCCUAUAUACUUCAUAACCCCACUGAUAGUUGGGAUCACAAUGUUAGUAGCCACCCUGCUGAUCCAGUUUGAGAGGCUGCGGGGAGUUCAAUCCUCAGGUGUACUGUUCAUGUUCUGGCUUCUGUCCAUAAUUUGUGGAAUAAUACCCUUCAGAUCCAAGAUCAUUACUGCAAUGGCACAGGGCCAGAUUGGUGAUAAAUUUAGAUUUGCAACUUUCUACAUUUAUUUCGCAUUUCUGUUUAUUGAGCUAAUCUUAUCCUGUUUUCGAGAACGACCUCCAUUUUUCUCUGCAAUCAACACAGACCCUAAUCCUUGUCCAGAGCUCAAUGCAGGCUUCCUGUCAAAGAUGACCUUUUGGUGGUUUACUAAGAUGGCUCUUCUGGGUUACAAACGUCCCCUGGAAAACAAGGAUCUCUGGAGUCUGAACAAACAGGAUGUAUCAGAUGCAGUUGUUCCUCAGCUUCUGAAAGAAUGGGAAGUAGAGAUUAAAGCCAAAAGGAAAGAAGAGGGUAUAUUUACUGAAACAUCUCCAGUGGUAAUGAACCAUCUAGAUGGAGGUCCUGAGGAGGCCACUGUCCUAAUUACUGAUAAGAAGAAGACUCCAAAAGAGCCAUCAUUUCUUAAUGCUUUGAUUCGAGCAUUUGGCCCCUACUUUCUUGUAGGGUCUAUUUAUAAACUGGCACAAGACCUACUCACAUUUGUCAACCCUCAGCUGCUAAACCUGCUGAUAGCAUUUAUCAAGAAUAAAGAUGCUCCUUCAUGGUGGGGCUUCUUGCUUGCAGCAUCAAUGUUCCUGUGUUCUGUAAUUCAGACUAUCAUCUUACACCAACACUUCCAGUACUGCUUUGUGACCGGAAUGAGACUUCGGACCGCAAUUGUCGGCAUCAUAUAUAGGAAGGCAUUAGUUAUCACAAACUCGGCAAAGCGCUCCUCUACUGUGGGUGAGAUUGUCAAUCUCAUGUCUGUGGAUGCCCAGAGGUUUAUGGAUCAGACAACCUUCCUCAACAUGCUGUGGUCUGCUCCGCUCCAGAUCUGCCUGGCACUGUACUUCCUCUGGCAGACUCUAGGACCCCCUGUAUUCGCUGGCUUUGCAGUGAUGAUAUUACUGAUCCCAAUAAAUGCAGCUAUUGCCAUAAAAACUCGGAAAUUUCAGGUAGAACAGAUGCAAUACAAAGAUUCCCGCAUUAAACUGAUGAAUGAGAUCUUAAAUGGUAUUAAGGUCUUAAAGCUUUAUGCCUGGGAGCCCUCAUUUCAAGCGAAAGUGCUGGAAAUUCGACAGAAAGAGCUAAACGUUUUAAGGAAAUCAGCCUACCUGAGUGCUGCAUCAACCUUUGCUUGGAUCAGUGCUCCAUUUCUGGUUGCCUUGACAACAUUUGCUGUGUAUGUUGCAGUUGAUGAAAAGAAUGUCCUGGAUGCCCAGAAAGCUUUUGUCUCCCUGUCACUAUUCAAUAUUUUGAGGUUUCCGCUAAAUAUAUUGCCCCAAGUGAUCAGCAGCAUCGCACAGACCAGUGUCUCUCUAAAGAGGAUACAACACUUCCUGUGCCAUGAUGAGCUUGAUCCAAACAAUGUGGAAAAAAAGAAAAUCUCUUCAGGCCAUGCCAUCACAGUACUAAAUGGGACCUUCAGCUGGGCUGUGGAAAGCCCAUCUGCUCUACACAGCAUUAAUCUAGCAGUUCCUAAAGGCUCGCUGGUUGCAGUUGUAGGUCAUGUUGGAUGUGGAAAAUCUUCACUCAUUUCUGCUCUUCUGGGAGAGAUGGUGAAAAUAGAUGGAGCUGUUUCAAUCCAGGGCACUGUGGCUUAUGUUCCCCAACAAGCCUGGAUCCAGAAUGCCACUUUGAAGGAUAAUAUUUUAUUUGGCCAGCCUUUCACUGAACACAAGUAUCAGAAUGUUCUGGAAGCAUGUGCUCUAAUUACAGACCUUGAGGUGCUGCCUGGAGGAGACUACACAGAAAUUGGUGAAAAGGGUAUAAAUUUGUCUGGUGGCCAGAAGCAGAGAGUCAGUCUUGCCCGGGCAUUGUAUAGUAAUUCAGAUGUUUACCUGUUAGACGACCCCCUCUCAGCUGUUGAUGCACAUGUAGCAAAACACAUCUUUGACAAGGUGAUUGGUCCAGAAGGAGCACUUAAAGGCAAGACUCGGGUGUUGGUGACACAUGGAAUCAGUUUCUUACCCCAGGUCGACCAGAUUGUUGUCCUAGUAGAUGGUAAAGUUUCAGAGAUGGGGUCUUACCAGGAACUCUUGCAACAGAAUGGUGCCUUUGCAGAAUUCUUACGAACCUAUGUUCUUGAUGAUGGAGAUAUAGAUGAAGAUGAGCCAACAGUACUUGAGGAAGAAGAUGUUUUUCUUGCUGAAGAAACAUUGAGUAACCACAUUGACCUGACUGAUGAGCCAGUGGCUAACGAAGCUCGCAAACAGUUUAUUCGGCAGAUCAGUGUGAUGUCAGCAGAUGGUGAUAUUCCAAAAAAGAUAUGCACAAGGCGAAGGCUGAGUGAGAAGAAACCUCUUGAGCCACCAGCUGAAAAGAAGAAAGAAGUUGAAAAACUUAUACAGGCUGAAACUGCUGAAACUGGAAGGGUGAAAAUGAAGGUGUUUUGGCAGUAUGUACAGGCAGUGGGCCCAUUACUGUCACUAUUUAUAUGCCUGUUGUACUGCUGCCAGAAUGCAGCUGCGAUAGGUGCAAACAUAUGGCUGAGCUACUGGACAAAUGAGGCUGUUAUUAAUGGGACCCAGCAAAAUAGACAGAUGAGGGUAGGGGUGUAUGCUGCACUGGGAAUCACGCAAGGCUUGCUGGUAAUGAUUUCUUCUUUUACACUGGCCAUCGGAGGCAUAGCCGCAGCCCGGACACUUCACAGUGCCUUGCUGGAAAAUAAAUUCCACACACCACAGUCUUUUUUUGAUACUACUCCUAUUGGACGAAUUAUCAAUCGUUUCUCCAAGGAUAUUUAUGUGAUUGAUGAAGUAAUCCCACCCACCAUCUUGAUGUUUUUGGGAACAUUCUUCACUUCUCUGUCAACCAUGAUUGUCAUCAUUUCCAGCACACCCCUCUUUGCAGUGGUUAUAAUCCCACUAGCUAUUCUGUACUUCUUUGCACAGCGAUUUUAUGUUGCAACCUCUCGUCAACUGAAACGUCUCGAGUCUGUUAGCAGAUCUCCAAUCUACUCACAUUUCUCAGAAACAAUCACAGGUUCAAGUGUCAUUCGUGCUUAUGGAAGACAGGACUCUUUUAUUUUAUUAAAUGAUAGAAAGUUGGAUGACAACCAGAAAAGUUACUAUCCAGGCAUUGUUUCUAACAGAUGGUUGGGCAUUCGAGUUGAAUUUGUUGGAAACUGUGUUGUACUUUUUGCAGCUCUUUUUGCAGUAAUUGGCAAGGACAGUCUCAAUGCAGGAAUUGUUGGGCUCUCGGUCUCCUAUGCACUACAGGUCACAAUGUCCUUGAACUGGAUGGUCCGAAUGACAUCUGAUUUAGAAACUAACAUUGUGGCUGUUGAAAGGGUGAAGGAGUAUGCUGAAACAGAAACAGAGGCUCCCUGGGUUAUUGAGAACAAGAGUCCUCCACCUAGCUGGCCUGAAAAGGGCAUCGUCAAGUUCCAAGAUUACAGUGUGAGGUACAGAGCAGGACUUGAUUUAGUACUUAAAGGAUUACAUCUGAAAGUAAAUGGAGGAGAAAAGAUUGGAAUUGUGGGAAGAACAGGAGCUGGGAAAUCUUCCAUGACACUCUCCCUGUUUAGAAUUCUUGAAGCUGCAGCAGGAGAAAUUAGAAUUGAUGAUGUGAAUAUUUCUGAAAUUGGCCUGCAUGAUUUGAGAUCAAAGCUGACCAUCAUUCCUCAGGAUCCCGUGCUGUUCUCUGGGACUCUACGAAUGAACCUAGACCCCUUUGAAAAAUACUCGGAUGAAGAAGUAUGGAAAGCCCUCGAACUAUCACACCUGAAAAAGUUUGUUAGUGGUCAGCCAGAUCAGCUCAACCAUGAGUGCUCUGAAGGAGGAGAGAAUCUCAGUGUUGGUCAGAGGCAGCUUGUGUGUCUGGCAAGAGCAUUACUUCGUAAAACUCGAAUCCUUGUACUGGACGAAGCCACUGCUGCAGUAGAUUUAGAAACAGAUGACUUGAUUCAGUCUACCAUCAGGACUCAGUUUGAAGACUGUACUGUGCUAACAAUAGCACACAGGUUAAACACAAUUAUGGACUAUACAAGGUAA